GGAGCAUUGCUGAAGCUCAACAGUUCAACAUUGUCAGUGUUUCAACUUCCUAGUAAAAAUAAUACCACAAUGACCACCUAUUUCCAGUACCCAGCCCCCGAGUUGCAGGAGGAGCUGAGGAAGAUCGCCCAAGCGAUCGUAGCCCCUGGCAAGGGCAUCCUCGCCGCUGAUGAGUCCACAGGAACUAUGGGCAAACGUCUCCAAGACAUCGGCGUUGAGAACACUGAGGAAAAUCGCCGCAGAUACCGCCAACUGCUCUUCAGCUCUGAUCCGAUCCUAUCUGAGAAUAUCUCCGGUGUGAUCCUGUUCCACGAGACCCUGUACCAGAAGGCCGAUGAUGGCACGCCCCUCGUGUUGCUGCUGGAGAAGCGCGGUAUCAUCCCUGGAAUCAAAGUGGACAAGGGCGUCGUUCCACUAUUUGGAUCUGAGGACGAGUGCACCACACAGGGUCUUGACGAUCUCGCGCAGCGUUGCGCUCAAUACAAGAAAGAUGGCUGCCACUUCGCAAAAUGGCGGUGCGUGCUGAAGAUCGGUCGCAACACACCGUCCUACCACGCCAUCUUGGAGAACGCCAACGUCUUGGCCCGCUACGCUUCCAUCUGCCAGAGCCAGCGCAUCGUGCCAAUCGUCGAACCCGAAGUCUUGCCCGAUGGUGAACAUGACCUUGACCGCGCCCAAAAGGUUACCGAGGUCGUCCUGGCAGCCGUGUACAAGGCGCUCAGCGACCACCACGUCUUCCUUGAGGGUACUCUGCUCAAACCCAACAUGGUGACUGCCGGCCAGUCAGACAUACACAAGAAGACAUACACUCCGGUAGAUGUCGCUCGCGCCACCGUCACCGCUCUGCUCAGGACAGUCCCCGCUGCCGUUCCUGGUGUCACAUUCCUCUCCGGCGGCCAGUCCGAGGAAGAAGCGUCGGUGCACCUGAACGCCAUCAACGCGAUCGAUCUGAAGAGGCCGUGGGCCCUCACCUUCAGCUACGGCCGCGCUCUCCAAGUGUCCGUGCUUCGCGCUUGGGCUGACAAACCUGAGAAUGUUCUCGCUGGCCAGCAGGAACUGCUCAAGCGUGCCAAGGCAAAUGGUCUAGCAUCUAUUGCCAAAUACCAGGCCGGAUCUAUUCCCUCUUUAGCAGCUAGCAAGUCUAACUUUGUGAAAGCGCAUGCUUAUUAAUAAACUUAAUAAUUCGAUCUAAAACUCUGAUCAGUAACACGCAAGGUAAUAAUAAAUAAAUGCUAACUUCUUUAUAACAGACAUUUCUUUGAUCAAAUCUUUGUGAGGAUUUACUUGCGUUAACUCACAUGAACUUGUUAAAUUGCACUCAACAAAAAUGCAGCUUCUUAUUUAAAAAAAAAAGAAAGCUGUACAUAAAUUUCAUCGUAGA